CGUUGGUGUCCUUUGUACCCUCCAUGACUCGAGUUCCACUAUAAAAGCAAGUUGCUUCUUAGCUAAGGUAUCAGUUUUCGGUCUAAGUAUCGACAGUAAUAAGCCAAUUCAAGAUGAAGUUCGCCAUUGUCCUUUUGGGUUUCGUUGCCCUCUCUGCCGCUGCUCCCCAAGAACGCGGAGUCGUUGACAACAUCGUUGGACAAGCAAUUAACAACGCCCAAUCUGAAUUGAACAAGAUCGUUGACCAAGUCCACGACUUGACCUCCAAAAUCGAAGGUGAGGCUGAGAGCGUUCUCUCCGUUGCCCAGGACAAGAUUAACUCCGCUAUUGAUGAACUCGAAAGCAAACUCUCUGACUUGCUCGCUAAGGGUGGUGUUACUGCUCAAUGUGCCAAACAGAACCUCAAAGAUUUGGAUGCAUUCAAGAGCAUCAUUGGAAAGAACAUUCCAAACUGCGCUGCUAACUUGAGCACUUCAAUCGCUGACCUUCUCGGUAGUGUUACCGAUGAUAUCACCUCCUUGGGAAAUGCCAUCUCUGAAUUGACUCCUAUUGUCGAACAAUGCGCUGGAGGUAGUGAUGUUGAAAUUGCCAUCUGUGCUGCUACCAAUGCCGGACCAAUUGUAAACUCUGUCCUCACUAUCGCUUCCAAUGCCUUCUCUGCUAUUGGAACUGCCAGUGGCAAGACUCCCGGACUCAUUGAUGAUGUUAAAACCUGUUCUAAGGAAGUCGUUGGCGAAGCCACCAUCACCCUUAACAAGUUCGCCGAUGCCGUUAAGCAAUGCGAACAAUGACUUUAAUUUUAUUGCUGCAGAGAAUUCAAUAAAAGUAUUUUAAAUCAGAAAAGGA